AUGAAUGCUGGUAGCAACAAUCCCUACCGCUGCAACUCUCUCGAGUCGCUCUGCCGCCGUGCCAGUGCCGACUCCCUCCGCUCGGUGCCUUCCGUCGACUUCUCGGGCACGCUGGAACACCACCCAGUGCACCCCAGGACAAACUGGGCAAGUGCCAACUAUGAGGACAGCCGUCUCCGUCCCCGCCCCAAGAGCUACCCAGAGCCUCGGAGAUACUCCCCAAAUUCUGGCCUGGUCAAUCCGGAUGUCAUCGACAGGAUGGACAACGUGGGCGACCUCAUGUACCACCAUGAAGGCCCUUACGAUGCCGUGUGCAGAGAGCGGAAUCGCAACACCCAGGCGAGCCCGCUGGAGGCUGUCAGCCGAUCGAACGAGGAGGCACUCAGAGCCACCCCUCGCGAGCGGAUCAUCGACAGUGUUCGCAACAACCGGCCCCUGGAUGGCACCGCUUUCUACCCGCCGGGUCAUACGGACAACGGUGGGAACACGUACGACUACGAAGAGGGGACCAAUAUGAUGAGUGACUUUGGGAAUUUUGCGCGCAAUCCUGGAUUUAAAUUCCGGGACGAAGACUUCAAGAACGACCCGUUCUACACAAAACCGCCGCCCAAGCCUUAUAUUUUCGUGGCCAAGGUGCUCAAGCGCUGCGGAUUCAAGCGCAUCCCUGUCUAG